CGUCAUCUCCAGGCGACAGAAUCCAGCUUCGCGCCAAUCAGUUGUGGGAUUUCAUUACUUUUCUGACCCUAAACGGCGAGGAAGCCUGUCAAUAAUGGACAUCAGGCGGUUCUUUGCACCGACUGCGGUGCAGAAACCAGCUUCAAAUGGAAACAUCAAAACAGAGGAGGAGAAGAAGAAGAAGAAGAAGAAGAAUCCUCUCUCUUCAGACGAGGAAGUGAAAAACAAAAAGAAAGAGACCACCAAGGUGAAAAGCUCCAAAACACAGGAGAAACUCAAGGAUGGUGACAAAAAACGGAAGAAUCAGAUAGUCAUAGUGUCUGACUCCGACGACGAGGAGCCAGUGAGAAAGUCAAAGAAAUCCCCCAAAGAGAAACAGAAGAAGAGCAAAUCAGAGACGCCUCCCAAAAAGGACCCUGUGCAGUAUGUCUCCGAGACAGACUCAGACAGCGACUCAUUUCAGACCCUGAAGAAGGUCUCCAAAACUAAACCCAAGCAGAACGGCACGGCCAAACAGACAAAGUCAGACGCUCGCCCCGGAGCCAAAGAGGGACUGAAGUCUCCCGUCACUCCCUCCUCCACCAAGGGGAAAACUGCGGUGAAGUCUCCUCCUACACCCAUCACCCCUAAGUCAGCCCCGCCUCCUGCCCCCAAACACACUCCCACUUCAGUAUUCGACUACUUCGGCAGUGCAGCUGUCCAACGUUCAGAGAAGAAGCUCGUAGCAAGCACCAAACGAAAGGCGCCAACUCAGGACACAGAUGAUCUGAGUGAUGAGCAAAUCGCCAAACAGCUGCAGAUGCACGAGGACAUGGAGCUGGAGAAGCAGGUCCAUGAGGAUGAGGAGUUUGCCAGAACUCUGGCCAUGCUGGAUGAGGAGCCUCAAGCGAAGAAGGCUCGUAAAGGCUCUGAUGAAAAACCAGCCCCUACCACACUACCUAAAAAGAGCAGUCCGGAUUCUGCUGCGGGCAGCCUGAGCAGUCCGUCAAAGAGCAGCCGCAGAGGCAGCAUGUCGGAGGAUGCCAUUAGUCCCACCCCUAAGAAGAACCCCGCCUCCGUCAGAGCCAGCUCCAAACUGGCCACGAUGAAGAAAGAGCAAGAAGAGAGAGAUGUAUCGUCAAAGAGCAAAACAAUUAUUUCACCAUCAAAAAUCAAAAUCUCCCCCAAAAAGGAACCCCUCGCUUCUCCGAGCUACGAGAAGAAGUUCACUCCCAAAACAGGAACCACGGUUAAAACGUCUCCCAAGAAACCAGAGGUGAGCAAGAGCACGAGUACGAGUCCUGACGACGCAGAGAAGAAGAAGAACACGGCAGCUUUCAGGAACUUCCUCAACAGGGACGGACCCCGAGCUCUGGGCUCAAAGGAAAUCCCUCAGGGUGCUGAGAACUGUUUGGAGGGCUGUGUGUUUGUGCUGACGGGGGUCAUGGAGUCCAUGGAGAGGGAUGACGCUAAAUCCCUGAUCGAGCGCUACGGAGGCAAGGUGACGGGCAACAUCAGCAAGAAGACCACCUACAUGGUGCAGGGCAGAGACAGCGGAGUCUCCAAACUCGAGAAGGCGGAGAGUCUCGGGACCAAGAUCCUGGAUGAAGAUGGUCUGUUGGAGCUGAUCAGCACCAAACCUGGAAAGAAGUCCAAGUACGAGAUCGCUGCAGAAGCCGAGAAUAAAGCCUCAAAGACCAAGACCCCCCCCGGCAGGACUUCAAAGAGCACCCCCACAUCUCAGAAGAUCUCUCCCUCUAAGGGUAACUCCCGCUCCCCUCACACCCCAAGCCCCUCAAAGACCGGCCUGGCCUCGGGCCGCGGCGCCGGGACCCGAGGCAGAGACACCCCCCCGGGGAGGGGCUCGGCCCACACAGCCCGGAGGGAGCUGGGCCUCUCCUCUUCCUCAGCAGCCUCCCCCUCAGAGAAAGGGGAGGACGCCAGCCUGCUGUGGGUGGACAAGUACCGCCCACUCUCUCUGAAGGCUGUGAUUGGCCAGCAGGGAGAUCAGAGCUGUGCCAACAAGUUGGUCCGCUGGUUGCAGAACUGGUACCGACACCACGGCAGCGGCACCUCCAAACCACCAGUUGCAAGGUUCGGUAAGUUUGGAGGCGGCAAAGAUGACGGAUCAGGAUUCAAAGCUGCUCUGCUCUCUGGACCCCCGGGCGUGGGGAAGACCACCACAGCAGCCCUGGUCUGUGAGGAGUUGGGCCUCAGUUUUGUGGAGAUGAACGCCAGCUGCACUCGCAGCAAAAGCAGUUUGAAGGAAGUCGUGUCCGAGUCACUCAACAACACGAGCAUCGAGGGCUUCUACAAAGGCACAUCUCAGAAAGUGACCAAUAAGCACGUCCUGAUCAUGGAUGAGGUCGAUGGCAUGGCCGGCAACGAGGACCGCGGAGGAAUCCAGGAGAUGAUCAGUCUGAUCAAAACGUCAAAGAUUCCCAUCAUCUUCAUGUGCAACGAUCGUAACCACAUGAAGAUCAGGUCGCUGGCAAACCACUGCUUCGACCUGCGCUUCCAGAGGCCCCGAGUGGAACAGAUCAAGGGAGCCAUGAUGUCCCUUGCUUUCAAGGAGGGAAUCAAGAUCCCCCCUCCAGCUCUGAAUGAGAUAAUCCUGGCCUCCAAUCAGGAUAUCCGACAGGUGAUUCACAACCUCAGCAUGUGGUCGGCCAAAGACAAGGUGAUGACGUACGAUCAGUGCAAGACGGAUGCAGCGAGCGCCCGCAAGGACAUGAAGAUGGGUCCGUUUGACGUCUGCAGGAAGGUGUUCGUCUUCGGGGACGAGACCGCCCACAUGAGCUUCAUCGACAAAUCCGACCUUUUCUUCCACGACUACUCGCUAGCGCCGCUCUUCGUCCAGGAGAACUACCUGCACGUUCGGCCAAAGGCUGCGGGUGGGGACCUGAAGUCCCACCUGAUGCUGCUCAGCAAGGCGGCCGACUCCAUCUCUGACGGAGACCUGGUGGACCGACGGAUCCGCUCGGGGCAGAACUGGUCCCUGCUGCCCACCCAGGCUGUCUAUGCCAGUGUGUUACCUGGCGAGCUCAUGAGGGGCUACAUGAGUCAGUUCCCCACCUUCCCCAGCUGGCUCGGCAAGCACUCCUCCACCAGCAAGCACUCUCGCAUCGUGCAGGAGCUUUCCUCACACAUGGGAUUAAAGACGAUGAGCAGCCGGCAGGCGGUGAACCUGGACUACCUGUUCUACCUGCGCCAGGCGCUGCUCAGCCCGCUGCAGAGGCUCGGAGCGGAGGGCGCCGCCCAGGCUGUGCAGCUGCUGGACGACUACCAGCUGGUCAGGGAGGACGUGGACAGCAUCAUGGAGAUCAGCGUGUGGGGGGGGCAGCCAGACCCCUACUCUAAACUAGAGUCAAAGGUGAAGGCAGCGUUCACCCGGGCCUACAACAAGGAGGUCCACCUGACGCCGUACUCUCUGCAGGUCGUGAAGAAGGGCCGCCGCGGGGGUGGGGGUGCGGGGGAGUCGGAGCUGGGAGCGAAGGAGAUGGACAAUGAAGCGCAGGAGUCUGAGGACGAGGGCGUCAAGUUGGACGCCAUGAUCAAACAGAAGAAGGGCAAACCUAUCAAGAAGGAGACGAAGGAGAAGAAGGAGAAGAAGGAGGCUUCUGGGAAGGGGAAAGGCAAAGGAAAGGCCAAAAAAUGAACACGGUCCUGCUCUGCCCCCCCCUCAGCCCCCUCAGCCUGUUACACUCUUUCUCUGCACUUAGAGACCCUCUGCUGAGCAUCAGUGUGUAGUGAGUCGGGUCUUAACCUCCGCUGGGAACUCACUCGUCCCUCCUCUUUGACUAGAUGGCUCAGAAAUGUCUUUCCACUUUUUGUACUUCCUGUCGUUUCACUCAGAGUGUCUCUAUAAUGAACAAAUGUAUAAUGCCAGCUUGUAUCAUGUGUCCUCUGUAGUGACGUGCGUCUCAUCAGGAGGUUAGAGCAUUUCCACCGUCAUCAGUUAGUGAUCCAGGAGUGGAGGCUGUAAAUAAUGUGACUCGGAUGUACGGGACUUUUAUACAGAGACGCUGUAGCUCUGCGGUUAGCACUGAGCUUCCUGUAAAGUGCGAUUUUGUAAAAAAAACUAUUCAUGAGGAUAAAUAGAGAAAUAUGUUGGUCA